AUGAUGUUCCUUGAUACAUUGUCCCGAUUUAUUCCUGCGAGGAGUAGUUACUUGAUUCUAUCUCGAUGUAAACAUGUACAAGCAGCUCGUUACAAACGAUCUAUCAAGGGUAAUAAACCAUUAACAUAUGAGAUGGCUGGGCCACCACACACUAUUGCUCACAUCAAGGGAUGGAAUUCAUGGAACACGUGUAACAUGUUAGAUGGCUUAAGACCGGCUGAAACUGCAAUAGAUGACGAGUUCAUUCGUCGUUUCAUGACAGGCACUUGGCAUGAUUUAAUUGCUAGUGAAAUAAUCAUAAAAAGACAACACAACAUCAUAAGAAUAGCUGCCAUAACGGUACAGAAAAUUAGUGUGACCAAAGUAUAUUUCCUAAUUGGUUAUACGGAAGAACUUUUAAGCUAUUGGCUGCAAUGUCCGAUCAAGUUAGAAUUACAAACUGUUGAAGACCGAUCUGCAGUGGUGUUCAAAUACAUUUAG